AUGCCUUGUCCUUUUGGGGUGAAUGUUGCCGGCUUCGGGCCUUUGGUAGGUGGCGGCGCAGAGAAAAAUAUGACUGUAUUCUCGGCUUUCGUCUGGUACGAGAAAGCGCCAAAAAAAAAAUGAGAGGCCUGUAGUCUGGCCUCUCCAUGCUCUCUCGCCGGCUUCAGCAGAGCAUACAUGCGCCUUUUCCUCUGUGGAGUGGGAGUACUGUGAGGCGAGGCUUUUUUCCUUCCGGGCUUGUCAAUUCGAAGGUGGCGUCCAGUAAGUUCGGUUGUGUACGAAUACAUAUCGUGUUUUAGAACUUUUUUUUUGGCUCAGUAGCGAAAUUCAUUAGAUCCUCACGGGGUUUUAGAACUUGUUACUAUAAAAGUUAGGGUUGACCUUGAGGCAUUUAGGCGUUAUUUUUUCUAGCUCUACGGCGGCUAAAGUGACAGUUUUUUUUUUUUGAGUUUUCUCUAACGAAAGCAUUGUCAGUAUUCACCGAUUCAUUAGCGAAGAUUCUAUUGGGGAUCAUGAUAAUGUAGCCCUGAGGUCGUAUGUAUGGGAUGUAAGAUUCGUGAAUGGUUUUCAGGAAUUUUGAGGUUUUUCUUUAAUUUCAAAUUUCGAACGUUUUCGGCUGGAAACCGAUAUAGAUGGUGAAGAUAGUGAAGAUAAUUUGGUCUUGAAAACAAGUUUACGAAUUUCAAACCUCCAUACGUACGGUUUCUAGUUAGUUUGAUUUCUAAGAGACUUUUCUGAGCUUAUAGUUUUUUUUUUCCGAUUCCAGUUGGUUUUUAUAAGAUCGGAAUUUAUUCGUACACAUCUGAUAUGAUUCCCGAGUUCAUGCAAAGAUAUUAAAUCUGCUGGUUGGUGUAGUGGCUUUAAAAAUACGGUUUGGAAAACUUGAGACGAAGGUUUAAAAAAAUUUCUUAGUACUAUUUUUUCUUUGUAGUUAAGCUUUGACCCAUUUUCGGCAGUAGUUUUUUGAACAAAAUGAUAAUUGUUCAUAUAUUAAAAUGUGUCUAAAGCGUUUGUAUUUAUUUUCAAAAAAAAAACUUAGCCGCACUAAGCUCAUAAGUUUAAUUCUUGAUCGCUUUAUACCGAAAUUAUCUUAAAGUUCAGUUUAUUAUUAUUUUUUUUAAUUUCGAUGAAGAAGUUGCGAAAAAACUACAAAAAAAUUCAUUCUUUAAACGUGAAAGUUUGAGAUUUGUUAGCUUAUUUUUUAUCUUUUUUUUCGUGAUUCAACUACGUCCAAGAGUCUUCUUCAAAAACGGUAGUUCUUCUUUCAACUUUUAUUUUUAUUAUUAAGUACAAUUUUUUUUCCUCGAGUUAAUGUGAAAGAAAAUUUAAAGUUUGAUCAAAAUAGUUUCUUUUCUAAUGUUUUGAAUUAGUUGGACCUUCUUCACCAGUUCUCCAAAUCUUUCAUUUUUCAUAUGAAUAGUUACAUUCCAUUCUAUUUCUCUUUUUUUAGAAAAAUAGUUUCCCAUUGAGCCAACCAGUGCAUAGUCUCUUUGCGUUAGUUCGGGCGCCACCGGACAGCGUUUUGCGGGGUCCUUAAUGUCUCUUUUGGUCUCUCACACUCUCUAAGCUCCAUCUUGAGCCAAGUGAGCUAGAACCCCAUCAACUUGAACCUCAGAUCAUCUGCAACGGACAUAUACUUUGCUGAAACGGUGCUCUUGAACUUUUUCCAAUUCCGUUCUGAUUUCACCUGCAAGGCUUUUUCUUUUCAGAGUAUUCCUAGAAGUUUGGAAUUUUGUCCAGUUCAUCACAGUCGAUCACAUUAAAAUCGAAAAAACAGCACAGAAACUUUGCAUUUUUUUGAGAAAACUUUUUUACUUUCACGUUCAAUUUUUUAUAUUAUUGACAUUGAUGUUGUGGAUGAAGACAAUGACAAAAAAAACUAUAAGCUUUAUUUUUCAAAUUUUGAUUUUUCUUUUCUAAGUUCUGUCGAACUACAAAACUUUCUCAUUUCAUCAGCUUGUAGGAAAAAUCUGAAAAAUAAAGAUUGAAAAACACGAUUUUUUUGAUCAAGCAUUUCAAAAAGAUUUUUUUAUUUAGAUCUUCAUUGCUUUAUGAAGAAUUGCACAUGGUAAACUGAAGAAGGUGUCGAAAAGUUUUUGACGUUAUCGAAAUAUGUGAAGCCAUGCAGUUGAACUUGGAAUAAAAUUGGAAAAUGAACCUCGUAGUGAACGGUUAAUGAUUGGAAGUCUCUUAGACUUCAAAAUUAUCAAAAACUUGUUGCAGUUUCAAAUCUUCUCCAGUUCAUCCAAGUCUAUCACUUGCAAAAAUUAGUAGUUAUUCAAAAACGUGCGUUUUUUCAAAAUGUUUCGAAAAGCUUUCUAUUUAAUUCUCAUUUAUUCUAAUUACUUUUGUUUUAUUCUGUCUUGGUUUACGUGAUUGACCUGGAAAAAAACUACUGAAGAUUUAAAAAGAUAAAAAUCUUUGUAGUUAACAAAAAAAAAUCUCCUAACUUCAAGAGCACUUUUUCAAUAUAGUACAUUCAGCAUUUCUUUUCAAAAGGUCUGCAGAUCAAGUUGAAGGAGUUCGUGCUCAGUUGGUUCAGGAGAAGCUUAGAGAGUGUGAGAGAAGAAAAGAGACGAAAACGACUCUGCAAGACGCUGUCCAUUGACGAGAUCAGAGGUGAAAAAAGCGUCGCUUGACAGGACUCUCACCAAGCCCCAAGCCACCCAUCAAAGAGUCGGCCUUGGGCUCCACUGCACUCUGGAGCCUGAGGUCGAGGCCUCCGGCUCGGGCUCCACAGCCAGCCUGUGGAGUCUGAGGCUAGGGUCUCCGGCUUGGGCCCUUAAGGCUCGAGUUGGGGACUUCGCCUCAGAUUCCAGAGGCAGCUGUAGAGCCCGAGAUCGGGGACCCCGAGCGGCAACGGUAGCUCCAAAAGAAAGUCCGGCAGCGGCUCUGACCCUGCCGGAUAAAACCAGGUACAAACGGGGGAGGAGAAUUCUUUAUUAAAAAUCAUGGUUCAGAGUCUCCGGUUCAAUGCCGCCCUCGGAGUACGACGUCGUCCGGCAUCCAUCCCGGCUCGCGUCUCGACCGGCAUCCAUCCCGUCACAUCACUCGACCUGA